AUGCGUGUCUCUGCGUGGGCCGGUCAGGUGCUGCCGGCUUGCGUCGGGAGAGACUCUGAUGCCUCGUUGCUGCUCCUGUUAGAGACUGAUGGCUCCUCGCUGUUCUCGUUCCUCCCAGACAGAAGCAACCUGGCCGGGGUGCAGCACAUCGUGCUGGUGCUCUCCGGGAAGGGCGGCGUGGGGAAGAGCACCAUCUCCACUGAGCUGGCUCUGUCGCUGCGGCACUCAGGGAAGAAGGUGGGGAUCCUGGACGUGGACCUGUGUGGCCCCAGCAUACCCCGCAUGUUCAGGGUGCAGGACAAUGAUGUGCACCAGUGCGACAGCGGCUGGGUCCCCGUCUUCGUGGACCAAGACAAGAGCAUCUCGCUCAUGUCCAUCGGCUUCCUGCUAGAGAAGCCGGAUGAUGCCGUGGUGUGGAGAGGACCCAAGAAAAAUGCUUUGAUCAAACAAUUUGUUGCUGACGUGGCCUGGGGGGACCUGGACUUCCUCAUUGUGGACACGCCGCCAGGCACAUCAGACGAGCACAUCUCCACGGUGGAGGCCUUGCGGCCCUACAAGCCGCUUGGAGCCAUCCUGGUGACAACGCCCCAGGCCGUGUCUGUGGGAGAUGUGAGGCGAGAGCUGACGUUCUGUAAGAAGACGGGCCUACGGGUUCUCGGCAUCGUGGAGAACAUGAGCGGCUUCGUCUGCCCGCACUGCUCGGAGUGCACAAACAUCUUCUCCAAAGGAGGAGGUGAGGAGCUGGCCAAGCAUGCUGGGGUCCCCUUCCUAGGCUGUGUUCCCCUGGACCCCCAACUCAGCCAGAGCUUGGAAGAAGGCAGAGAUUUCAUCCAAGAGUUUCCCAAGAGCUCUGCCUUCCCUGCCUUAGCUCACAUCGCCCAGCAGGUCUUGGAUGCUUCGUCACAGCAGAGCUCCUGAGGGUGAUCCGGAGCUGGACU